AUGAGGAAGAAAGCAAGGGGGAGCGCGAGGGGGAGCUGGGAUGGGUCGGAGUUUGGGGGUAUGGGGGAUGGGGAAGAUGCAGGGCUGGAUGGUUUGGACGGUUUGGAUGGGUUGGAUGCGGUGGAUGGGCUUGAUCGUGAUGCCUCUGCUGGUGGUGGUGGUGGUUCUGGGGUACCAGGGUCGACGAGGGAAGAUGCUAGCUUUGGGCUGUUCUCUGGGAGAUCUGCUCUGAUGAUGGUGGGAGGGGGAUUGGGAGGAGGAGCGGGAGGAGGGGUGGGGGGAUUCAGGGGUGUUGCUGGGGGGGCGGCGAGUGGAGGUCUGGUUGGGGGACUGAGGAGAAUGGGAAGGAGCAAGAGUGGGAAGGGCAGGGAAGAGGAGGGCACAGGAACAAGCCAGGGAGCGGGUUCGAGGGAGGAACAGGAGGGGGUGGGGGCGGAGGGGGCGGAAGGGGAGGAAGGGGAGGAAGGGGAGGAAGUGUCAGAAGGCUGGGCUGAUGCGAGAAGCUUCACGGUGCCGAUAGUGAGAGCGAAGAGCUGGGAAGUGGGGAAUUCGGAGGUGAUGCGGACGCAGCUGUCGUCUCGCAGUGUUCGAGGCGAGGCAGGGCUGGUAGUGUUGGAUGGGGACGGUGUGGGAUCGACGGCUAGAAAUGAUUCGGAACGAACGGUUUCUUCUGGUACAAUCACAACAGCUGAACACACAGCAUCACCAAGUGUUACAGCCAGCACUGCAGGAAAUGCUGCUUUUGGGGGUGUCAUCUCAGUAGUAGCGACCAGUGGGGAUAGGCGAGGGAAUGGGGGAGCAGCAGAUGCGACGGCGGCAGCUGUAGUGGUUCGGCAGCAAGAAGGCUCCGGGUCUGGUGGCGAGGGUGGGGAGAGUGGGGAGGAGAGAGAGGGCAAGUGGGGGGAUAGGAUGGCUAGGGCGAAGGAGUUUGUGGGAAGGAUAGGGAAUAGGGAGGCGAGGGAGAGGCUUGAGGAUAAGGCUAAGAAGGUGUUGGGAUUCUUGCACCGAGGGGAGAAAGCGGAGCAAGAACCCCAUUCCCGUCGCCAUUCCUCUCAUCCCUCUCAUCGCCCACUAUGCUAUCCUCGAGUUCGCCAAAUCGCCCACCCGUCUCCCUUUCCGUCGCGCGUCACGUCGCCAUCUCGUCGCCCGUCCCGUCGCCCUCUCUCCCCUCCUCUCCUCCCGUCGGCCUCUCUCUCGCCCCUCUCUACCGAUCGCCCUCCCGUCGCUCGCCCCGUCGCGCUCUCUCUCUCCGCUCCCUUCCCGUCGCCCUCUCUCUCGCCCCUCCCUUCCCGUCACGCUCUCUCUCUCCGCGCCCUUCCCGUCGCCCUCUCUCUCGCCCCUCCCUUCCCAUCGCUCUCUCUCUCUCCGCUCCGCCCUCUCUCUCGCUCCUCCUUCGAAUCGCGCUCUCUCUCCGCUCCCUUCCCGUCGGCCUCUCUCUCCACUCCCUUCCCGUCGCACUCUCUCUCUCCGCUCCCUUCCCGUCGCGCUCUCUCUCUCCGCUCCCUUCCCCUCGCCCUCUCUCUUGCCCCUCCCUUCCCGUCGCGCUCUCUCUCUCCGCUCCCUUCCCGUCGCCCUCUCUCUCGCCCCUCCCUUCCCGUCGCGCUCUCUCUCUCCGCUCCCUUCCCAUCGCCCUCUCUUUUGCCCCUCCCUUCCCGUCGCGAUCUCUCUCUCUGCUCCCUUCUCGUCGCCCUCUCUCUCGCCCCUCCUACCCGUCGCGCUCUCUCUCUCCGCGCCCUUCCCGUCGCCCUCUCUCUCGCCCCUCCCUUUCCAUUGCGUUCUCUCUCUCCGCUCCGCCCUCUCUCUUGCUCCUCCCUUCGAAUCGCGCUCUCUCUCCGCUCCCUUCCUGUCGCGCUCUCUCUCUCUCCGCUCCCUUCCCAUUGCCCUCUCUCUUUCCGCUCCCUUCCCAUCCUCCCUUCUCGCUCGCCUCGAAUAGCCCUCCCGGCGACCUUUGACUCUCCCAUCACGUUUGCCCUCCUUUCUCCGUCGCCUCUCUCGUUCUCCCUCUGCUAUCGCGUCAGCGUGACCCAUUCCGUACUCUGUUAUUGUGUUUGGUUUGUUUGUUUUUUCUGUCUUUCCAUCUAUUCUCGACACCCUCUCUCCCGCCGCCUAUCCUCUCUCCCGUCGCCUAUCUUUUCUCCCGUCGCCCUCCCGUUUCCUGUCGCCCUCCCGUUUCCCGCCCCCCUCCCGUUUCCCGUCGCCCUCGCGUUUCCCGUCGCCCUCCCGUUUCCCGUCGCCCUCCCGUUUCCCGUCGCCCUCCCUUCUUCCGUCGCCCUCCCUUUUCCCGUCGCCCUCGCGUUUCCUGUCGCCCUCCCGUUUCCCGUCGCCCUCCCGUUUCCCGUUGCCCUCCCGUUUCCCGUCGCCCUCCCGUUUCCCGUCGCCCUCGCGUUUCCCGUCGCCCUCGCGUUUCCCGUCGCCCUCCCGUUUCCCGUCGCCCUCCCGUUUCCCGUCGCCCUCCCGUUUCCUGUCGCCCCCCUUCUUCCGUCGCCCUCCCGUUUCCUACGCCCUCCCUUCCCGUCGCCCUCCCGCCUCAAGUCCAAGGCAGCACAUUGA